UCUAGAACCUUUCCUGAUAUCGACAUCAAGCUGACCAGCCGGUACAUACGGGAACUUCUUGGAGACUUGUGAGAUUGACCACAUGCCUUGAAACAUAGCAAAGAAGUGAAAUCCAUUGAGAAUACUUUCGAAGGAAGAGGUACGUCCUGAUGCUAAGCUCGCUAAAACUACCUUCCAGUGCUCUGCAAGAGCAGUGUCAAAAUACGCAUGUGUGGUUGUGCAAAGGAAGUUGAGAAGCCUAAGUGUCCUGGGCUGCUACUCCUUGGAAUGAAUAAGGGCCAGGUGCAUAAAAGGGCAUUAAGAUGUCAUUCCGUUUUGGGCAUCACCUCAUCAAACCCUCUGUUGUGUUUCUGAAGACGGAACUAUCCUUUGCACUUGUGAACCGGAAGCCUGUGGUUCCGGGUCAUGUUCUCAUUUGCCCACUCCGCCCUGUGGAACGAUUCCGCGAUCUGCGCCCUGAAGAAGUGGCUGAUUUAUUUCGCACAACACAGCUGGUUGGGAAUGUAGUGGAGCAACAUUUUGGUGGGACUUCACUCACCAUUUCCGUUCAGGACGGUCCUGAAGCUGGACAGACUGUGAAGCAUGUCCAUGUCCACGUACUUCCAAGGAAGGCUGGAGACUUCAGCAGAAAUGAUGACAUCUAUCAUGAGCUCCAGCGUCACGAUAAAGAGGAGGAGGAUUCCCCCAGCAAGUGGAGAUCUGACGACGAAAUGGCCGUGGAAGCAGCAAGCCUCGAGAAGUAUUUUAAGUGAAAACAUGAGGCAACAAAGCACCUUUGGCGAAGUCUGGCUGAGGCAGAAGACAAUGGAGGAAACCAGAGGCCCUCCCAAUCUUUCCGGGACCGAAAGCUCAAGAGAUGUCAAUAUAUUCUGCAGAGAUGCAGGAUUCUUCCACGGGAUGCUUUAUUAACCUCACCUAAGGGUUGUUUCAGCAAAGAUGCUUGUUGGUUUGCAUAUCACACAGAAUGCAUUGAAGUUGUUGCUUUAACUUCCUAUGAAAUUUUUUUUAAUCUGUUCCUUGGCCGAAAACAAAUAAAGCACUAAUAAAAUAAAUAGUUUCUCUGUUUUUUUGUUGUUUUUUUAAAGAUCUUUGGAAACGAUGCCUUAUGAGGAAUGGCUUAGGGAGCUGGGUAUGUUUAGCCUGGAGAAGAGAAGGUUAAGGGGUGAUAUGAUAGCCAUGUUCAAAUAUAUAAAAGGAUGUCAUAUAGAGGAGGGAGAAA